UUUUGACCAGAACAGAGACGCCGGCUCUGGCAGGAUCAUCAUGAACGCCGCCGUAGACGUGGAUAUAGUUCGAAUAUUCCUCUUUUCCAUACCCUCUGAGUUUAGUUUCUGGAUUGAUGUUUUAAGCUUUGAUUUAAUACUGUCCUUUAGAUCUUGAGAGUAUCAUUUAUAGAUAACAUGGGAUUGGACAUCGUUGUUUAUGAAAAUGUCAAAGUUCAUUCAUGUGCUACAAGAAAAAGAAUCGAAAUACCUGAAGGGGAACAUUACAAGAGAAGAAUGGGGAACGAUUCUAUGUGGCACUUCGUGACGAAAGACUCGAUUGAAGAUUCCCAUCUACACACAUUCACUCCUCUUCUGGAAUAUUAUGAUUGUGAAUGCGAGGACAGCGAAAAUUUGAGGAGGUUUCAUAUGGGAUACAGCAGUUGCUUGGACAUUGAACAAUAUCCAUAUUUCGGUCCUUAUGAGUUCGACAAAUCCGAAGGGUUUUAUUUCGGCUCGUACAUGACUUACGCCCGAUUAAUGUUAUCGGAUAAAGUGCCACUUCUUCGAUUUACAAGUGACUGUGAUGGUUGUUACGGUGGGGAACCAUUUUUAUUACGACUACGAAGUCAACUAGAGGCUGUUAGCGAAACUGAUCAGAAGGCAGCGGAAUAUUUUGACAUCUUAAAUGGAAAGGAUUUGUCAAGAUGCGUAGUACAGCACUGUUAGCUGCAAUGUUUGAGAAUAAAAUUUUUGUGUAGUUGUA